AUGCUGAGCCUGAGUCUUGUGUUCAUCUGCCUCUGGAGUGGGCUGAGAACAGUCCCCGGGCAGCCAUGCCCUGCAUUCACAGCUCUGGGCAUCAGCAAUGCUCUGAUGGGCACAGACCUGAAAGUGAAGCUGCUGCUCUACACCAGGCAGAACCAAGACUGUGCUGAAGAGCUGAACUCAACAGCCUCCAGGUACCUGGACGUGGCCAGGAGAACCACCUUCAUCAUCCACGGCUACCGGCUGACUGGCUCCAAGCCGCGCUGGCUGCCCGGCCUGCUGCGCCUGCUGCUCGCUGCACAGGACAUGAACAUUGUCCUGGUGGACUGGAACCGGGGGGCAACUACCCUUAACUACAGCAGUGCCUCCAGAAACUGCAAGAAGGUGGCUGAGGUUCUGAAGAAACUGAUCGAUGAGAUGUUGAUUGAAGGAGCAUCGCUCGACUCCUUCCACAUGAUAGGAGUGAGCCUGGGAGCUCACAUCUCUGGCUUCGUGGGGCAGAUGUUUGCUGGUGCGCUGGGAAGGAUCACAGGCCUGGACCCAGCAGGUCCCCUGUACAGAGGAAAGCCACCCGGGGAGAGGCUGGACCCCACGGACGCCCAGUUUGUGGAUGUCAUCCACUCCGACACCGACAGAUUAGGCUACAGAGAGCCCCUGGGCCAUGUCGACUUCUACCCCAACGGCGGCGCCGACCAGCCGGGCUGCCCACUCACCAUAUUUGCUGGGCUGCAGUACUUCAAAUGUGACCACCAGAGAUCUGUCCUACUCUUCAUGGCAUCCCUGAGACAGAGCUGCAACAUCACUGCCUACCCCUGUGGCUCCUACAGGGACUACAGGGAUGCCAAGUGCACCAGCUGCCAAGCCUUCUGGCCUCUGCCAUGCCCCAUCCUAGGUUAUCAUGCCCACGAGUGGAAGAGCUCUUUAGCCCAACAGAGCCAGCCAGUGCCAAGACUGUUUUUUGACACAGCAGACCAAGAGCCAUUUUGCAUCUAUCACUACCUGGUGGAUGUCACUACAUGGAACAAGGACACCAGAAGGGGCACCCUCAGCAUCGUGCUGGCUGAUGGCACUGGGCAGAAGGCAGAGUCUAAAGUGACCCCGGAAGCUGCAGCCUUUCAGCAGUACAACCAAAUCACUUUGCUGGUUGGAUUCGACCAGGACAUUGCAAGUGUGGAGAGAAUCUCCCUGAUGUUCUCCACAGGCUCUGUCCUUGGCCCCAGAUUCAAACUGAGGAUUCUCCAGAUGAGGCUCCAGCCCCUGACAAACCCAGACAGACCCCAGCUGUGCAGAUACGACCUCGUCCUGAAGGAGAACACCAGAAGCACCUUCAAGCCCAUCCCGUGCUGGAGCAAGAGCUAA